UGCCCCUCAGUUGGCUAUUCUGUAACUCUGUGACUAUCCAGAAGACUUUUUCUCCUCUCAAGGUUCUCUCUUUUUUUUUUUUUCUUUUUCUGGAAAAUUCCCUCCAAGAGCUGACUUUUAAGCACUUUUACUUUAUAGGAAGCAACAGAAAGGCAGCAUGUCGGCUGGAACACCAAUCAUGCUGAAUACCAACCCUCAGGAUCUGCAGGUCCAAACGUUUACUGUUGAGAAAUUACUGGAGCCGCUCAUAAUCCAGGUUACCACACUUGUAAAUUGUCCCCAGAACCCUUCCAACAGGAAAAAAGGAUGUUCCAAAAGAGCCAGAGUUCUUCUAGCUUCUGUGGAGGAAGCAACCUGGAAUUUAUUAGACAAGGGAGAGAAGAUUGCUCAGGAAGCCACGGUUUUAAAGGAAGAGCUUACUUCUGCACUUGGGGAAGUUCGCAAAGAAAGUGAAGCUCUGAAGGUGUCAGCUGAGAGAUUUACAGAUGACCCCUGUUAUCUCCCAAAAAGGGAGGCUGUAGUUCAAGCCGCCCGUGCCUUGCUGGCUGCAGUUACCAGACUCCUCAUCCUCGCCGACAUGGUUGAUGUCAUGUGUCUGCUGCAGCACGUGUCGUCUUUUCAAAGAACUUUUGAAUCUCUUAAGAAUGUUUCCAACAUACCUGACCUCCAGAAAGCCUACCAGAAGCUUGGGAAGGAGCUGGAAAAUCUAGAUUAUUUAGCCUUCAAACGUCAGCAGGACUUAAAAUCUCCAAACCAGAGGGAUGAAAUUGCAGGCGCCCGGGCCGCGCUGAAGGAGAACUCUCCUCUCUUGCAUUCAAUUUGUUCAGCUUGUUUGGAGCAUUCUGAUGUUGCUGCCCUCAAAGCCAGCAAGGACACAGUUUGUGAAGAAAUUCAGAAUGCCCUCCAUGUGAUUUCAAAUGCUUCUCAAGGCAUUCAGAACGUGCCGGCCUCAUCUGAUCCUCAGGCAGCCACGCUGGGAAGUGCACUGGACGAGCUGGAGAGUUUAAUUGUCCUGAACCCGCUCACGGUGACUGAAGAGGAAAUGAGACCGUCCCUGGAAAAGCGCCUGGAAGCCAUCAUCAGCGGGGCCGCUCUGCUGGCGGACUCCUCCUGCACUCGGGACUUCCACCGGGAGAGGAUCAUUGCGGAAUGCAACGCCAUUCGCCAGGCUCUUCAGGACUUGCUGUCCGAGUACAUGAGCAACGCAGGAAAAAAGGAAAGGAGUAGUACCCUGAAUACUGCUAUAGACAACAUGUGCAAGAAAGCCCGAGACCUUCGCAGACAGCUCCGCAAGGCUAUUAUUGAUCAUGUGUCAGACUCUUUCUUGGAUACAACAGUCCCACUUUUGGUUCUCAUUGAAGCUGCUAAGAAUGGCCGGGAGAAGGAAAUAAAAGAAUAUGCUGCAAUAUUUCAUGAACAUACCAGCAGGCUUGUAGAGGUGGCAAAUCUUGCUUGUUCCAUGUCAACAAAUGAAGACGGAAUUAAAAUUGUCAGAAUUGCAGCCAAUCACUUGGAAACAUUGUGUCCACAGAUUAUUAAUGCUGCACUUGCUUUGGCUGCAAGACCCAAAAGUCAAGUGGUGAAAAAUACCAUGGAAAUGUACAAGCGCACGUGGGAGAAUUACAUACAUGUUCUCACUGAAGCUGUGGAUGACAUUACAAGCAUUGAUGACUUCCUCGCUGUGUCUGAAAGCCACAUCCUGGAAGACGUCAACAAGUGCAUCAUAGCUUUGAGAGACCGAGAUGCUGAGAAUUUAGACCGUGCUGCAGGGGCUAUCAGAGGCCGGGCGGCCAGGGUCGCUCACAUUGUCACAGGUGAAAUGGACAGCUAUGAGCCAGGCGCUUACACUGAAGGAGUAAUGCGAAAUGUUAACUUCCUCACAAGUACCGUGAUUCCUGAGUUUGUAACACAAGUGAAUGUCGCCUUGGAAGCCUUGAGCGAGAACUCAUUGAAUGUGUUUGAUGAUAAUCAGUUUGUGGACAUCUCAAAGAAGAUCUAUGACACAAUUCAUGACAUCAGAUGCUCAGUCAUGAUGAUUCGGACCCCAGAGGAACUUGAGGAUGUUUCUGAUCUUGAAGAGGAUCAUGAAGUCCGCAGCCACACCAGUGUGCAGACAGAAGGGAAGACUGACCAGGCUAAGAUGACUCAACUGCCUGAGGCAGAAAAGGAAAAGAUUGCUGAGCAAGUUGCUGAUUUCAAGAAAGUAAAGAGCAAGUUGGAUGCUGAGAUUGAAAUAUGGGAUGAUACCAGCAACGACAUCAUUGUUCUUGCUAAGAAGAUGUGUAUGAUCAUGAUGGAGAUGACCGACUUCACGAGGGGCAAAGGCCCACUGAAGCACACCACUGAUGUGAUCUAUGCAGCUAAAAUGAUAUCCGAGUCAGGAUCAAGGAUGGAUGUUCUUGCUCGGCAGAUUGCUAACCAGUGUCCAGAUCCAUCGUGCAAACAGGACUUGCUGGCCUAUCUGGAACAGAUUAAAUUCUACUCCCACCAACUGAAAAUCUGCAGCCAAGUUAAAGCUGAGAUCCAGAACCUGGGGGGAGAGCUCAUCAUGUCAGCUUUGGACAGUGUUACCUCCCUGAUCCAAGCAGCCAAAAAUUUAAUGAAUGCUGUCGUGCAGACAGUGAAAAUGUCCUACAUCGCCUCCACCAAGAUCAUCCGAAUCCAGAGUCCGGCUGGGCCCCGGCACCCGGUGGUGACGUGGAGGAUGAAGGCUCCGGCAAAAAAACCCUUGAUUAAAAGAGAGAAGCCAGAGGAGACUUGUGCUGCUGUCAGACGGGGAUCAGCAAAGAAGAAAAUCCAUCCAGUGCAAGUCAUGAGUGAAUUUAGAGGAAGACAAAUCUACUGAAAGCACUCCUCCGCUCAAGCGCCACUGUUACAAAAUCCUGGCUAACCGCACUGCUUUGUUUUACAAUUUACUAGUUCUGUAAUUUCACUAAGUUUCAGAAUUAAACUCACAAGUAACCUAAAACAUUGAAGGCUAAACCAAUGUGAGUAACGUAUGUUUGGGAUCAUGUCACUGUCAUUUCUGUAUAGCCAGCACACACUAGUUGAUCAAUACAUGCUUGUUUAGUGAAUGAAAACUUCAGGUGUCCUUCGGUCUGUCCUAAUCACAGGAAUAUCUUACAUUCAUUAAGAUAUGAACACAUGACAAGCUAACCUGUAAUAAUUCACUAAAGCCACUCUUCUCAUCAUAAAGUAAAACACUGACAUAAGCUCUUGAUUUGGUUUGCAAUGCAAAGAAAAACAUUCAUGAAAUAUUUUCCCACUUCAUAUCCAUAAUUUCAUCAUUCUACUUAAGCUUGCAGAAAUGCCUAAUUUUGAUCUCUAGAUAUCUCUAUCCAUUGUCAACUGAUUAGUCUAACUUCUACCCAAAACUAACCAAAUUGGGGCAGGCAGCUUCUCACUAGAUUUCAUUUUCAGCUUUAAUAAGAUGCUUUAAUAGCAUUACAAAAGAUAUGGUGCGUUUUGGUGCCACAACACAUUUUAGGGUUUCAUUUUUCUGUAAUUUUCAGACUGCAUAUGCUGAAAAUGAGUUAUCCCUUAUUGGACAAAUGACCCACUAAACUGUACCCCAGACUGAGUUACAGUAACAAAAUGUGAGAAGUUUUGUGUGACUCUGAAAUUCUAUUUACAUCCCUUAUCAAUUGCAAUUAAAAAGAAAGGCUACUUUGAAAAACGUUUUUGCACUGAGGAAAUAUAACCGUGGAUUGUAUCGCUGACCUGUGAAGCAGAGUGAAUGACAAUGAGGCUAAAAGCUAGAGCAGUUUUUGUUUUUUUGUCUUUCCUGUUUUCUUUCCAUUUUUUCAUUUCUUAACUUUGAUCUUUAUCACUGUAUGUUUGCAGUAUACAGUGAUCACGUUUGCUGUGAGGAGUUGGCACAUGUACCUAACAUAUUUUAACACCUUAAUGAAGGUCACUGGGGCCAUUUUACAAACCCAGUAACUGGGCUCAUCUGUAGUGGAGUUCAUCAUGAAUUUUGUAACUGUCAGUUUCUCUCUCCUGCUUUCCCUCUCCUGACCUGGUCCUUGACCCCCUGGACUUUCCAUAAUCUCUUUGGAAGAGCUGAGUUACAGUCUCACGAUAUUUCACUAAUAGGGUUUCUCUUCCUAGGGCUUCUUUCAUUCGUCCUCUAUUCUACUUCACCCAAGUAACAUUAUGAUUGUAACUUCUCACUUGUACAACACUAUUACUAAUGAGUCACUUCAACAACCUUGAUACUUUAGACUGAUGAAACAAAAUUCAUGCUCACAACAGUGGUUCAAGACAGAAGGACAAAUUUGGGUAAAAGGAUGCAUGAAAAGUAGGAAAACAUAAAAAUUGAAGGCAUGAGGUAUGUGAUAGCUUGACCAAAAUGGUACGGGUAAAGAUCUAUAUGUUACUAUUAAUUAUGAGGGAAAAGUUAGUUCCUUUUGUUGUAAUGGAUUAUUUCAUUUUCCCAAAGGGCUGGAUUCCCUGGCUCUGCAGAUAAAUGCACUAUGAAUUGAAGGAAGUUAAGUGCUCUCUGUCUUGCAUAUACAUUUGCCCACAAUAAUUAUUCCACACAAAGUCCACUGUAGAAAACAAGGUGGCAGUGAAGGAGGGAAUUAGGCAAUUCAAAUAAUUCUGGUUUCCAGUACUAUCUAGAAAGUUGAGGCAAGUAAGGGGUUUCUUUUGUUCAAAUGCUGUAAUCAUUCUGUGCUCCACUAGCAGAAUACCUGUGGUACACUCUUUUCUCAGGUAGAAGUGUGAAAUGAUAAUUUAAUUGAAAAAUGAAUUUCCUUUAAAAGUCACCAAUUACUAGCUAUAUAUCUUAGUUUCUAAAUCCAAAUGCACGAGAUUCAUAUGAGUCUCAUUUAAAAACUUGAGCGUCCAUUUGAGCCAGCAUAAGCUUUCCAUACGCUAGAAUGUAUAAUGCAGUGCUGUAUGCCAGCAAUAGAACUGAUUGGAAAUCACAGAGUUAUCACAUACACUUUAAGCAUUUCAAAAAACAACUCUGCACAAAUGAGAGUGAAUGACACCUUCUCUUUAACAUGAUAACAUUUUUACCUUAGUUCCAGAAAAUACGUAUAAUUAGACCAAAACAAUGAGAAUUUUAUCUUGGCAAAUACCCCUGCGGUAAACUUGCUGUAGUAAUAAAAGGUAGAAUUAAAACAUGCAUAAAGCUGAGAAAUACAUCUGUCUGCUUGAGUAAAUUUCUGCUUUGGACAGCACUGACAGGUUUAAUUUGAUUCAGACCUGCUCCAAUGCAAAUGUUUAUUCAAAAGAAAAGCUAGUAAUAAGAUGUUUAACAGAUCUUUCUAGAACAAAGCACUGGGAAAUGCAUCUAGUGGUGGUGACAGCAGAAAAAUGUGAUCCAUAAGUAUGAAUUUAUACUUAGGUCUUUUUUCUUCAGGGGAAUGGCAAACAUUUCUUAAUGAGAGUGUUAAUUUGGUGACCCAGUAUGCACUUUUUGCAAUCAUGGAGAUCACUGCCUCUUUAAAUGAUUCAUGUGCUUGGCCUCGUGAGUUCGGUUCCCGGUACUGGAGAAAAACCAAAAUAAAUAAAUAAAUAAAUAAAUAAAUAAAUAAAUAAAUAGAACUCACCUUUCUCUGUUAGUGAAAUCAGUUUAUGUUAUUUUUUAUGGAAAAAUUACUUGAGUGGGAGGAGAGGUUUUAUACUACCUAAAGACAGUUCCUUCCCUGUUUGGCCACCCUCAUGGUAAAUGUUAGACUUCAAUCAGAAUAAUUUGGAAAACAUUGCUGAAAUCAUAAUCUAAUAACUUCUUCUUCUAGUUCUAAAAGCUGAAAGGUUUUCAUGAAACACAAAAGCUGAAAACUAUAAAUUUCUUUUACUUAUUGCAAAUCAAAAUUAUUAGAUUAAAAUAUUUCUUCUGAAUGGAGUUUCUAGACAGUUCUUAAAUGAGUCAAAAAAAAAGACUAAACAUCAAGCUUCUAAGCUAACGUGCUGACGUUUCCUUUCUGUUUGUCACAGGAGUGCAACCUACAGGUGUGCUAGAAAAUGCAAUGCAGCCUUUAUAUUCAUGAGUGUCUGCUGACCUUCAAAAAUCUCCUGAGGACAAAUGUAACACAUGUGUUCUUCAUAAAGUCUCUCUGUACAAGAGAGAAGGCCCCAGAGCUACACAGAGAGGCCUGUUCAUAUACUCAGCAUUACUGAUGCACUUAGCUUUGAAGAAGGUCAGUUUUCAAAUCUUAUUGUUAAAAUUGUAAAUAUACAAUUAAAUGCCUAGUUGCACUGUCAAACCCAAUGAUUCUCCUCCAAUUCAAUAAUGAGUGGCUACAAAAACUAGUAUGUGCCAGGCUGUCCUAAAUGUUCAUUUUCAGGGCAGUCUUCUCUUCUCUCCCACUCCUAGGCUAUGUUUUCUUCUAUUAACCACCAAUAGCUUUCUACCAGAAGGACGCGGCCAGCCUGCCCAUCCUGGCCAAUCACCCCAACACAGAGGAGAAAGAGCCAAAAAUCUCUCUCUCCUCUCUCUCAAAUCUUUACAUGUCUGUCCUACACAUAAACUGACAAAUAUAUUCUGUAGGGUUUUAAUUUUUUAUCAGAAUCAGUCGAAUAGUUUUUCUAGUCCCAGAAACAUUCUUACUCUUUAGGUGUCAGACCUACAUUUCUGUGCCGGGAUUGUAGUUCCCAUGGAUACAGAUUCCCACACAGUGACAAAGUGUGUAGAAUGUGAUCUGAGCCUUUUCUUGGUGAUGCUGAUCAUGGUACAGUGAACUCACUGCAGAAUCGCUGGGCUGUUUCAGUACUGUCAUAAGUGGUUUUCUAGGUUGACAAAACAGGCACAGAAUCGUAAUUUGAAUAAAGCAAGUAUUUUCUCUGCCACAACAAGCAGUCUAUCAUACAUUUAGGAGUCAGAACCAUUUGGUGUUUGUUAAACCAAAAGUAAUUUUUUAACUUUUCAGAAAGUUUAGGCACAUCCAAUUAAAAAUAAAGCUUGCAUAUUUUUAAUAAUUCACUGUAAGUUAAACUAGGAAAAUUUAUCCAACCUGAGAUGUUUUUGUUUUCACACUAUAUAUCACAGAUCAGGAAACAACACUUAUUCAGAGGAAAACUCUGUCUCCCUGCAAUUAUGAUAUAUUUAGCAUUAGCAUAUUAGCACCAAAUAACCAAGUAAGACCUAAUGAUUAAAUCAUCAUUACAUGUACAAGGUAGUCCAAGAAUUUUUUAUUUCGGCACAUCCUAGGUACCAUACUUCACAGAGGCAGUCUACACGAAGGCGCCCAGUAGUCCCAUCUUGUCUAGUGAGGAAAACAGGGAAAGUGACUUUCAAUGUGAGCUCAGCAAGUGGAGUAAAAUGGUGUAAAGGCAGAGGAUUUCUAAGUGAACACAGAUAGGAGAGUGUCCGAGGUAGAGGAGGGGAAGAAUGGAUAGUUGCAGAAUCAGAUAACUUGCAGGCAAAGGGCAGUCUUUUUCGGUGCUAUGAAGAUCAGACAGCCUCAUCCUGAAUUAAGAGGUAAGGUUAGGAUGGGAUAUCAUCCUGGAAUGUUGGUGGUUUGCUAAUGUCAGAGGCAAAAUGAUAAACUGUAUAAAUAUUGACAAAGAGUUAGUAAUAAAGUUUGCAAGUCAAGAAAUGGGAAUUAAGCCACUCUCGCAAAUGAUGGCAGAAUCAGAAUAAUCACACAUUUAUAUAUUCCACCUCUCUUUGCUGGGCACCUAUAAUGUUCCAGUCACUGUCUUAGGUUAUUGGGAUAUACUAGUUACCAGAAUGAACUUUGUCCUCAUGUACCAAGUCUGCAUUAACUGCUAUUAUCAUACUUAAUACUCUAAUAACAAUACGGGAUAGAUGCAGUUAGCGGGAUUCCACAGCUAAGAAAACUGAAGCUUACAUGGGAUGAGAAUCCUUCCCAAAUCUAACUGGCUUUAAAAUUUUAUUACUUUUCAGACUCUGAACUAUUAGCUGUUAUACCAGCCAGACUCCCUGGAAAUAGAGACUUAGUUUGUGAGUUGCUAAUGAGAUACUUAUUUCAAAUUCUUGCUGAUUUCCUAUAUAAUAGCAAAAAGCAAUAAGAGAUUUAGGAAAAUGCAUGUCCAUCCAACCUAUGUCAUUCAAAGCAGAUAAGAGUUACAUGAAUAAUUUGCUGCACAUCUCACCUCUAAUAACUAAAUAUAUCAGCUAUAUGAGGAGUAAAUAUCUUUUGGAUUAUUAUUAUUAUUAUUUUUUUUUUUUUGGUUUUUCUCCGGU